AUGGCCAGCAUUGACUUGAAGUUUUUCAACGACCUGCAACAGACGUUUGAGAAGGAAUCGGAGCGAAAGGACGAAAUUCGUCAAGUCGUCAGAGAACUCGACCGUACAGCACGAUCUUUUUAUGCAGUGCUGAAUCAAAUCCAUUCCGACCCAACCGGCAAAGUACCGGAUAUUCCCCUGCAGGAGUUGCAAACUCGUGUACAGCAGCUGGCCGCCUUGAUUCCAGUCAAUGAAUAUUACAAAUAUGAAAAUCUGUGGCAACGCACCUUGCAACAAGCGGUUUUUAUUAUUGCUUACAAGCAUUAUCUCGACACCGAAACAUUAUUGGGUGUGCAAGAGUUGGAGCAACGCAUUGGAGUUAAAGUGAAUUUGAAUAAUGAUUUGAACAAUUUCCACGUGCCUGUGGAAGACAUGCUACAUUCAUACAUUACGUUGGUGAACGAAUUGUCACGGUUGGCGGUGAAUGCUGUUACCAUGGGUGAUUAUGACCGACCUAUUCGCAUUUCCAAAUUCGUCAAGAAUGUCAGCGCGGGAUUUUCUCUGCUCAACCUAAAAAACGACAUGCUUCGAAAGAGAAUGGAUGGCAUCAAGUAUGAUGUAAAAAAGAUUGAAGAAAUUGUCUAUGAUAUCACUUUACGCGGAUUGCACAAGCCUCCAGCAACCCAAACGACGCAAUAA